AAAGAGUUUUUAGUUAUUGAUUAUGGCGUCUGCUUUCGACUCAUUCACUGCCGAUGGAGACGAAUCUACCAACAACAUCCAAAGUGAUCAAAUUUCACCCAAUUCCCAUCCUUUUGACUAUAAUGGAAACACGGGUUACGACUCCUCAUUCCCUGCCCCCACCUCUCAGGAUGACAUGUUUGCUGUCCAACCUCCACCCCCUAUUGCUGAUCCUCCUGUCAAUAUUAUGUCACCCAAUAACUUAAACGAUAACGAUCAACCUUAUUCUGAGGAGGGAUAUGGGUUCAAGUUGUCUGCAUCGAAUCAGGAGUUCUCCUCGCCUUUUGAGACUAUGGGGACGCCUGAAACUGAUGGAAAUAUAAACGGGUAUGGAGAGGAUGGUGGUGGCAUUUUUGCUUCCGAUGGACCUCUUCUACCCGAUCCUGGUCAGAUGCGGGAGGAAGGCUUCCAACGACGUGAGUGGCGCCGUCAAAAUGCUCUCCAUCUUGAGGAAAAAGAGAACAGAGAAAAGGAGAUGCGAAAUCAAAUUAUCAAUGAAGCUGAAGAAUAUAAAAAGGAGUUUUAUGAGAAAAGACGACUUAAUUCUGAAACUAACAAGGCUCACAACAGAGAAAGGGAGAAGUUGUACUUGUCUAACCAAGAAAAAUUCCAUAAAGAAGCGUACAAACAUUAUUGGAAAGCCAUUGCUGAGUUCAUUCCUCGAGAGGUGCCAAACAUUGAAAAGAGAAAUCGAAAAGAUCCUGACAGAAAACCUUCCAUUAUGGUAAUUCAAGGUCCAAAGCCUGGAAAACCCAUUGAUCUUUCAAGGAUGAGGCAAAUUUUUGCAAAGCUUAAACAGAAUCCUCCAGCUCAUAUGAUGCCUCCCCCACCUACCAAAGAUAGUAAGGAUGCAAAGGAUGGGAAAGAUGGUAAGGAUGAAAAGGGUGGAAAAGACACCAAGAAUGAAAAAGAUGGCAAGGAUACAAACGAAAAGAAAGAUAGCAAAGAUGCAAAAGGAAGAGAAGAUGGAAAGGAUGCAAACGAAGGGGAAAAUGGCAAGAAUGAGAAAAAUUCUGCAACAGUAGCUGCAGUUGAUAUCAACAACCAAUCUCCACCCGUUAAAGAUGCUGCUACCAAUGCUGCACCUGACUCAUCUAAAAUAGAGACCCCUAUUGUUGUUGAGGGUGAGCAAAUUGGUGCAAUUAAAUCAACAACGAAAGAAUGAUGGCAGACUAUGCUUCUUAUUAUUAAUUUUUGGUCAUUCCUAUGGAUGCAUUGCUUAACCAUUUUGCAAAAGAUCAAUGCAGCUUGGUUGGAUCUUACUUUGUCUAACCUAAGUGGUUGCAAUUGACAAAAUUUCUCUUAACUAGAGCUUUUUGCCAAAUUUGUGUUUAAAAAUUUCUUUACAUGUGGUUUGAGAAUUAUAUACCAAACCAGGGUAAAUCUUUUUUAUAAAGGUUGUGGAAUGGUUUUGUGUCACAUGUAGAGAUUGCA